AUGGGCACCCCGGUUUGGCCCGCUGACUCUGGCAUCAAGGCCAUUGUGCUGGACUUUGACAAAACCAUCACGGUGAAACACACAACUGGUGCCAUCUUUCAGACGGCCAUGUUGGAUGAUAAGAACAUUGAAAUCAACUUUGCCGACCUGGAUUUCUUUCGCCGCGUAGCCCCCGUCAUUUGCGAGAACGGCAAACUUUGCAUCGCAACCUUUGCCGAUGAUGCUGAGGAAGCCUUGCUCUCUGAUGAGCAAAUUAUUGCUUGGAACCCGGAAAAUCGGAGCAUGAACCCCAAAGUGGUUGGCAAGAAUCUGCAUCUGGAAGAGCUUCGCAAGGUUCUGGGGCUCAAAAAGAACCAAAUGGUCCUCUUUGACGAUUCCAACAAAAACAUUGUCCUGGCCAAGAAGAAGGGAUAUGCCGCUAUUGACGUGCCCGAACCGGUGCGCGCAGAGGAUUCAGAUGCAGUGACGGGUGGCUUCAACGAGGACGCUUGGAAAACUUUCCUGGUGGAACAGGCACAGACCAAGAAGGCCUCUGGCGGUUGCACACUCUUAUAA